AAUGUCCCGACCAACGAGCCCGCCAUCGCCGGGCACACCACACCUUGUCUCACUCGUCUUACACUCAAAGAAGGCGUUGCAGCAUGGAGAACAGCUGUGUUCUCGUGCGCAUGAGCUUAUGCAUGGGACGUCGAGUUUGGCGACGGACGUGCUUGCGUUGGAUGCUAAGGCGAGGUGGGUUGUGCAGGGAAUUAUGGAGCAGUUGAAGCUUGCUGGGAGCGUUGCGAGGAGUAUUGAGGUGAGGAGGAAUAGGUUGGAUGACCAGGCGAAGGAAUGGGAUAAAGGACGUUCGUUCCAUUCAGGAAACCUAGAUGCCAUCCUUGAGUCGCUCGAGAAACAGGUCGUACCGCCUGACUUCCAUUUGUCGUCUUCUUCCUCUUCACUUUUCGGUGGACGUGACUUGGAUGAUGCAGGGGAUGCUGACCAUGGAGACGGUCAAGACGGUGGUGGUAAUGAUGGGGUUCUACCCAACGGAGAUGCGAAGAUGCAUAAUAGUGGAGGACAGGACCGAAGUAAAUGGAAGACGCUGCGUGACUUUGUAGAUGUUGGUAACAUUGUAAAGGCGACGGAGGAGAUGGACGAAGACCGAGAUUUACUUGAGGACAUCUCGUCCAAAACAGAAGGUUUCUCAAUAAACCUGAACGAGAGCGUACAAGCUUUACAAGGUGCUCUACCAACCCCCGGAACGAUUCCCUCGAUACGAGAGAUGUUCGCCUCUCAGGAGGUUGCGUCUACGAAUAUGGCGAAUCACUUGGAAGGAUUGGCGUCACAUUAUGACCAGAUGGCAGCUGCCUUGAAGGAUAAGGAAGCUGGGUUGGAAAUCAAUGAGGACGAUUUGCUAGACAUGAACAGAGAUACGGACGAGCUCCCAGCAAUUAUUGCAGAGCUUGAAGAUGACGUGGCGAAUGUGAAGUCUAGCCAUGACCAACUUGUGUCAGCUAAGCAGGACGCACUAGUUCGUUUAGGCAAAUUGGGCGAAAUCGUUGAUCAGUUAGACGAAUUGGAAGGAGUCAUGUCUGAUAUGCUUGCGCAGCAAACGGAUGUUGAGACCGAGUAUGAGGUGCAUCUUGCCGCAUUGCAGCAACAUCUCACUACAUUGGAACAUUUAUGCAUCACGUUUACGUCCUACGAAACGUCCUUCAACAGUCUUCUGCUGGAACUCGAGCGUCGAAGACGGUACAAAACUGCAAUGGAAGAACUCGUUCGGGGAAUGACUCGACAGCUGGAGGCUUUGCGAGAAGAGGAGACCCGACUUCGAGAGGGUUUCUUUGCUGAACAUGGAAAUCACCUUCCUACGGAUUUAUGUACCUCCGUGUCGAACAUGCCGACAAAAUGGGAGGUAGGGCCAGCUCCGGGUGAGACUCUGGAGGAACUCCCUUCUAUAGACGAAGAUUUGAUUGUUGAGGCUGCACGACGAAUGGAACUUGCUAAAGAUGGUACCGAGAGCGUAUAAUUAUAUUCAGACCGCG